AUGAGCCAUACAAAUUUAUCCCAAGGCCAGCCAUACAAUGGCUACUACAGUGGAUUCUCAUGUACUCAACAACGGAUUCGAUCCUUAGCCAGAAUUUCAGUCGCUGGAGAUGCCUCAAGAAAUUAUAGUGAUAAAGGAUGGAUCAAUCCAAUUACAGAUAAGCUUGAUCCUAGACUUGAUCCACAAUCUCCUGCGUUCAACUCACAGAACUGGGUCCAGAACAUUUGGAAGUUAUACCAAAGUGAUUCAGAUUAUUACAAACCUCAAACUUUAGGGGUCGGUUACAAACAUUUAAGAGCAUUUGGAGAUGCAAAAUAUACUGCUUACCAAACUACAGUUUCCAAUGGAAUAAUAAAAUAUGCGACGAGAAUUCUCCGCAAACUAGGAUAUACAGAUUCUGAGUCCAGUUGGGAUAUUUUAAAGCCUAUGGAGGGGUUGAUCCUUCCUGGUGAACUUACCGUUGUUCUCGGAAGACCCGGUGCUGGUUGUUCUACAUUACUCAAAACUCUUUCUUGUCACACAGAUGGUUUCAGAGUGGCUGAUGAGUCUAUUGUAUCCUAUGACGGGAUAACACCAAAGGAAAUAAGAAGGUACCUUCGUGGAGAAGUAGUUUAUUGUGGUGAAUCUGAAAUCCAUUUCCCCAAUCUCACUGUAAGACAAACUUUAGAAUUUGCUGCUUUAAUGAAAACACCAAGAAAUAGACCAGAUGGAGUCUCUCGUGAAGCCUAUGCUAAACAUAUUGUCGAUGUGGUGAUGGCAACAUACGGUUUAACUCAUACAAAAGACACAAAGAUUGGGAAUGAAUUCAUCAGAGGGGUUUCUGGAGGUGAAAGAAAACGUGCUUCUAUUGCAGAAGUUUCUUUGGUGCAAGCUCCUUUUCAAUGUUGGGAUAAUUCAACGAGAGGUUUGGAUUCAGCAACUGCAUUAGAAUUCAUUUCUUCACUUAGAACUUCUGCCACUGUUUUGAAUGAAACUCCCUUGGUUGCCAUCUAUCAAUGUUCACAACCCGCAUACGAUUUAUUUGACAAGGUAAUUUUGCUUUAUGAAGGAUACCAGAUUUAUUUUGGUUCCAGCAAAACUGCUGUCGACUAUUUUGAAAAAAUGGGAUUUGUCUUGGCAGAGAGACAAACUGUUCCUGAUUUCUUGACUUCAAUCACCAAUCCAGCCGAAAGGUUGGUGAAACCAGGAUAUGAAAGAUUGGUUCCUAGAUCUCCCAAGGAAUUCUACAGGUAUUGGAGGAAGUCACCAGAAAGACAAAAAUUAUUGGUGGAAAUUGAUCAAUAUUUAGCCUCUUGUGGAGAUUAUAAUAAGAAGCAAGAAGUCUAUGACUCGAUGAGAGCAAAGCAAUCCAAGCACACGCUUAGAAAAACUCCUUAUACUGUAUCCUUGGGCAAACAAAUCAAGUAUAUCAUUCGUCGAGAUUGGGAAAGAAUGAGAGGUGAUUGGACUGUUCCAGUGUUGACAAUCUUUGGCAAUGUUGCUAUGAGUUUGAUCUUAUCUUCUGUAUUUUACAACUUACAGCCGACAACUUCAUCAUUUUACUACAGAACAGCCGUCAUGUACUUUGCCCUUGUUUUCAACUCAUACUCAUCAGUUUUGGAAAUCUACUCUAUAUAUCAAGCUAGGCCAGUGGUUCAAAAGCACCGAGAUUAUGCCCUUUAUCCCCCAACAGCUGAAGCUAUUGGGUCCAUUAUUUGUGAUUUCCCCCUUAAAAUCAUAUCAAGUAUUUGCUUCAAUGUCGCUCUAUAUUUUAUGGUUAAUUUCAAACGAGAACCAGGUGCAUUCUUUUUCUACUUGUUGAUCAAUUUCGUCACUACAUUGUACAUGUCACAUUUAUUUAGAACAAUUGGUGCAUUUACUAAAUCCUUAGCUCAAGCCAUGACUCCAUCUUCAUUGUUAUUAUUUGCCACGGCAACAUUUACCGGGUUUGCAAUUCCCAAACCUUAUAUGCUUGGCUGGUGUAAAUGGAUAACUUACGUUAAUCCCAUGGCGUAUGCAUUUGAAGCUUUGAUUGCCAAUGAAUUCCAUGGAAGGCAAUUUAAUUGUAGUAGCUUUGUUCCUAGUGGCUUUGGAUAUCCAACAUCGGGUGAAUCAGUAGUCUGUUCAACAUUGGGAUCAGUGCCUGGAUCACCAUAUGUCUUGGGAGAUGAUUAUUUAGCUGAAGCAUUUGGAUAUUAUUGGAAACAUGCUUGGAUGAAUUUUGGUAUAUUAGUGGCAUUUGUUGUAUUUCUAUUCUUCACUACAUUGAUUUGUAUGGAAUUAAACAAGGAUGCGGUACAAGGUGGGGAGAUAUUGGUGUUUAAGAAAAAAAAUCUUGGGUAUACUAGAAGAUUGGCUAGAGAUAUUGAAACGGGGUCUCUUGAGAAAUUAUCUGAUAUUUAUGAUUUUAGUAGUUCGUGUUUGGAUUCCGAGCUAGAUGAGAAGAUGUUGGGGGCUGGAAAUAUCUUCCAUUGGAAACAUUUGACCUAUACAUUGAAAGUAAAAUCGGAAACGAAAACCAUUUUGAAUGAUAUUGAUGGUUGGGUCAAGCCAGGUCAGGUCACUGCUCUUAUGGGUGCUUCAGGGGCCGGUAAGACUACUUUGUUGAAUGCAUUGAGUGACCGUUUAACUGUUGGUGUGGUUACUUCUGGUCAAAGAAAAGUGAAUGGAAAUUUCUUGGAUAAUUCAUUUCAAAGAUCGAUCGGAUAUGUACAGCAACAAGAUUUACAUUUGGAUACUUCAACUGUGAGAGAAGCUUUAAGAUUUUCAGCAUACCUUAGACAAGAAAAUAAAUAUUCUGACAUUGAAAAGGAACAGUAUGUUGAAAAUAUCAUUGAAUUGAUGGAAAUGACUGAUUUUGCUGAUGCUGUUAUUGGUGUUCCUGGUGAAGGGUUGAAUGUAGAACAAAGGAAAAGGUUAUCCAUUGCUGUUGAAUUAGUUGCCAGACCAAAGAUUUUGUUGUUUUUAGAUGAGCCAACUUCAGGUUUAGAUUCCCAAACGGCAUGGUCGAUUUGUAAAUUGAUGAGAAAAUUAGCAGAUCAUGGACAAGCUAUUUUGUGUACUAUUCAUCAACCUUCUGCCAGACUUUUAGAAGAAUUUGAUCGACUUUUGUUCUUGCAAGCAGGUGGACAGACAGUCUAUUUUGGUGAACUUGGCCAUGAAUGUGAAACAUUAAUUAGAUAUUUUGAAAGUCAUGGGGCUCCAAAGUGUCCUCGUAAUGCUAACCCAGCUGAAUGGAUGUUGGAAAUUAUUGGUGCUGCUCCUGGAUCUCGUGCUAACCAAGAUUACUUCAAAGUAUGGAGAGAAUCAGCCGAGUAUCAUCAACUUCAGGAUGAAUUAUAUCGGUUGGAUAGUUUAGCCAAACGUCCCAAAACAACCAAGCAAGAUUCGCCAAGCACUUAUGCUUCACCAUUGAUUAAACAGUAUCGUCUUGUUCUUCAAAGACUAUUUGAACAAUAUUGGAGAACACCAUCAUAUAUUUAUUCCAAAUUUGCCAUGGCUGUUUUUUGUAGUUUAUUCAACGGGUUUUCGUUUUUCAUGUCAGAUAAUUCAAUCCAAGGUUUAAGAAAUCAGCUGCUUUCAUUGUUUAUGUUGUUUGUUGUAAUGACUACUUUGGCACAACAAUAUGUUCCUUUAUUUGUUACUCAAAGAGAUUUAUAUGAAGCUAGAGAACAGCCAUCAAAAACAUUCUCUUGGAUUGCUUUUAUUGCUGCACAAAUUACAGCUGAAAUUCCCUAUCAAAUUGUUGCAGCCACAUUGUCUUUUGUAUGCUGGUACUAUCCUCUUGGGUUAUUCAGAAAUGCUUCUCAUACCGGCACAGUUACUCAAAGAGGGGGGGCUAUGUGGUUUAUGAUGACGUUAAUGUUUAUUUUUAGUUCAACUUUGGCACAAUUGUGUAUUUCCUUUAAUCAAGUUGCCGACAAUGCUGCCAAUUUCAUUUCAUUCUUCUUGACUAUUUGCUUUACGUUCUGUGGGUUAGUUGCAACCAAAGACUUUAUGCCUAAGUUUUGGACAUUCCUUUAUUAUUUGAACCCAUUCACGUAUUUGGUAUCUGCAAUUAUGUCACUUGGCCUUGCAGAUGCCCCUGUGGUUUGUAAUGUCAAUGAAUAUGUCACAUUUAGACCUGAGCUUCCUGGACAAAAAUGUAAGGAUUAUGUGGGAGCAUACAUGGUUAUAGCUGGGGGUUAUUUGGUUAAUCCUGAAUCUACUGAUCAAUGUCAAUACUGUCCCAUGAAUAACACCAACCAAUUCCUUGACAUGAUAUUUGUAUCCCUUAAUAAUCUUGGCCGAGAUAUUGGUGUCUUUAUGAGCUUUAUUAUAUUCAACAUGGCUGCCACGGUAUUUUUCUACUGGUUGGUUAGAGUUCCUAAGGAGAAGAAGAUAGGAAGCGAAGAAAAGAGAUAUGAACGCAGGGUGCUUUAAUUAUUUAUGAUAGAAGAUAUCGUGUUUAUAUAGCAAUAAUUAUUUUGCAUGAAUAAAAGUUUACGAUGCU